UCCUAGUCGCUUCAUGCAACAGAAACUAGAGAUAAAGUCUGGCCUGAUGGGCCACUUGGCUCAUAACAUUUUGCAGACUUCACCUUUUCACCUUUACUGAUAGUUUCUGUGCGUCUCUUUCUCUACCACCAACCCAAAGUGGGCAAUGAAAUGGGCAAAUAGGUUUGUAGGCUAGGAUAUUAAAGCUGUCAUUUUACUUCUUUGACAUUUAGAUCAGUAAAAUUAGAGGAUGGUACAUUUAAGAGGUUGGCAUGAGCUAAAAUUGUCAGAAAUUUGUGGUGGUAUUCAGGGCUGUCAGUCUAAGAAAAAUAACAAGGAGCCUAAAGGCUCCCAACCAUGAAAUCCUGGGUGCCUUGUUUGUUAUGUUAGUAAUCAUUUUAAUCAAAUGCUUAUGAUCAUUACACAUUGAGCUCUAAUUAUUUGUUACCCAUAAGUAAAAAUUUUAAUUAAAAUAUUGUAAAUAAUGUGUAGCCUGUAUUAAACAGAGUCAAUAUUACUGACAGCAUGCACACUAUUUUGUUCUCUUUUUAUAUUUUAGCACAAGAAAAUGGAAACUCACAUACCACUGGUUCAACAGCUCAGCCAUCUGGAGUCUCUAUACCUAUCAAUCCAGGUUUUGCUCCAUCCAAUCCGGGAACUCCUCAACUCUCUCAUCACUGGACCCCUAAACCACAAAAAAGCCACCAUUCUCACACCUGUGGGGGUACUGCUGAAAGACAGAAUAUCGAUGGUACCAACAGUGGUGCUAAUCUGAAUCAGAACACUACUGCUGUGAAUGAGCAGGCAAACCAGAAUGCUACACAUGGCUCUUUGCCUAAACGAAAUAGUGUAAAUGUACCUGUUGCUGCUUCUGUCAAUUUGAAUACUCCUCAGGAUAAUACUAGUGGUAGAAUACCUGGAGAUGAUCCAGCAGCACUUCAUGUUAUCCCUGAUGCUGCUACAGGUAAAGUAACUGUUAAUGAUGAAGCUGCAGCCAGUGAUCGUAAGGAUACCACCAUUGGUGGUCAAAUGCGCAGACUCAGUCGGCAAUUCAGCAGAGAUGCACAAAAGAGUGGUAAUACAAGCCAAUCAGUCUUUUAUUUUUUCAAUACAUAUAACUUACAGGACAGUUUAAUUUUAAUGUGCAGUGUUAUUGUGUAUUGCACAUGCCAUUUACAUUACUCACACCUACAUGUACAUGUAAAUUGUACAAUGUAUGUUAAUUAUACUUGUAAUGAAUUUAAAAUAAGUGUUGGUGUAGAUGACAUGUACUUUGGGCUGUACUGCUCUCUCACGAUUAAUAAUAAUGCAUUAAUAGUAAUAAUAAUGAUAAUAAUAAUAAUAACAAUAAUAACAACAACAACAACAACAACAGUAAUAAUAGUAGUAAUAGUAAUAGAGAGAACAGUACACCAAGAUGAUCUCCUGGAUCAGAGCAAAAACGUCGUUUGCACUCUUGAGAUCUGCCCUCAUCUGUUUGAGUGGUUCUAGGACAACCAAGAGAGUCCCCAGUGAUGUCAAGAAUGCGGACUUUGGCGUUGAAACUGAAGAGGAAGCCAUCUAUU